CAGAGCGGUGAAGGAUCCGUUCUUACGGCCCCCAAACACCAGUCCAGCCCGUGAACCAGGGGCGAUAAUGGAGGGACGUCGCUGUCAAGCCGUGGGCGACGAAAACGCAGAAACGACAGCACCAGCAGAUCGUCCUGCUGGUGGAUCAAGCGACCUUCGACAGCGAAUGAGUUCGUCGACAAAGUCCGACAGCGAGCCAAUGCUAACAAAUGUUAGCCAAGAAUCUCACCAGAAUGCGACGGCGAGAGAUGGAGGUCUCCUCCCAAAUGAACAUGCUCCAGCAUCGCCUUCGCACUCUUCCUCCAACCUCGAUUUUUCUCCCAGCUCAAUGUCGCAAGCGACGCAAUCUUCCCAGGAUAGCGCGGGUCUCCAUACAGCUGACGCGGCCGCAACGGUUGCUGUCCGCCCGUACAACAUCCGGGCUAUCCUGAAGAAACUGCGGCAGUUUAUCCGCCGCCCAAUCGCAUACCUGUCUGCAUCGUUGGCUGGACGGGGAUCAGUUGAAAAUGGGCGUCUCUCCGGUGCUGGACCAUCCCAAUCGCUCCCAAAAGUGGUUAUGCGCAAUGAAAGCACUGAAGUAACCAUGACGACGACUGGGACUGCUCUAUACGAGUGUUCAACUGCUGUGGAGCAUGAGCCUUCGAGUGAAACUACUGAAGUACCCAUGACGACGACUGGGACUGCUCUAUCCCAGUGUUCAACUGCUGUGGAGCAUGAACCUUCGAGUGAAACCACUGAUUCACCAUUCAAUGGAACAGAGGAGGAAGAAAGAGAACGGCCGGUGGAUGUUGGUGGCUCCUGCGAUGUACUAGGCGGUCAGCUUGCUCGGCAACAGGCAGAAGUGGGUCCUACCCAAAUCGCUGGAAACUCGCGUGCGGGCACCGCGGCCGAGACCUUGGUGCGCUUGACUGCGUUACAGAGGUUAAGGGUCUUGCAGCGAGGUGAAGCAGCAAUACAAGUACACGCUCCCCGAGAUCUCGAUGUGUGGGCGUGCAGCGCCUGCAACUUCGAUUUCCAUCCCGCCAGAGCAGAUAUCGCAGCUACUACCGGUUUUGCAGAAGACGCACAUCAUCUCGCCGAAUGGGAUACACUAACGAGGGCAGUAUUGAGCGCGCACCGUUGCAUUUGCCGCCUGCUCCUGCAAGUCUCUGCUACCGUCCACCCUUCUGGAUACUUCUACCGGAGCUUUAGUUUGGAGGAAGGCACUGCGUCAAUCGGAAUUCAAGUCUCUGAAUUUGAAGACCCUUACACUGACUUUGUGCAGCCCUGCUUGCGAUACUUCUGCCGAUUAUUGAAUGCCCCACAGACCGCAAUGUCGUUUCAACACAGCUCUAUCUCAGGUCCUAAUGUAGCACCCAACGAGCUGUAUGCUGCACUUCCAGAACUCAACGACAAAAGGAUACAGCCGGUGAAUCCCAAGUAA